AUGCCCAGUAUCAAUGAAUAUAUCACCGCUAGUUCCAGUUGCACUUCGACGGAAGCAAGGGUUGUCAUUUAUCUCCGUCCAUCUGGAACUUUGAUAAAGGGACAUUUAAAUUGGUUUAAAAGGAAGAUUUUUGAUUAUCCGGCGAUUAGGAGUGUUGCUGGGAUUAGUGGUGAAACACAUACUCCCAAGGGAGAACGUCUUCCAAACUCAUAUUUGUGUUUUCCCUCCUUUUUUCUUGACCUAUGGAAUCAUUUCGUUCUUGAUAUCCAUAAAGGCGGAAUGAAAGUCAAAGCGGAUCGUGACGAAUCCUCUCCGUACGCAGCAAUGUUAGCAGCUCAAGAUGUUGCUGCUAAAUGUAAAGAACUCGGUAUUACUGCUUUACAUAUUAAACUUCGUGCAACUGGCGGUAAUGGAACAAAGACCCCCGGGCCAGGUGCUCAGUCGGCGUUAAGAGCUUUGGCGAGAGCAGGCAUGAAAAUUGGAAGAAUUGAAGAUGUGACCCCUAUACCUACCGAUAGCACUCGCAGAAAGGGUGGCCGAAGAGGUAGACGUCUAUGA